AUGAGUCAGACCCAGUCUUCACCCACAGUCAUCCAGUGGGUUAUCGACACUCGUCCUCUGUGGCCAUCAGCCCUCAAGACUAAAGAUCUUACCACCAGUGCUUCGCGUGCUCUUUUUCUUCUCACUGUCGAGGAACAAGCCUCCGUUCUGAGAUAUUACCACGUUCGCGACGCCAAGCUUGCUCUCGCUUCUGCACUUCUUAAGCGCUAUGUUAUAUCUCGCUUCUGCCAGGUCCCCUGGUCUGGAGCCAAGACUACUCGAGACGCCCGAACCAAACCCGUGUUUAUCUCGCCAUGCGGCGAUGAGCCACUCAUCUUCAACAUCUCGCAUCAGGCUGGUCUCGCAGUUCUCCUAGCCGUCCACAACCCUCCCGAGGGACUUGCUGUAGGGGUGGAUGUUGUUUGUCCAUCGGAACGUAGGGAUCGCGAUCUACGUAACCUAGCAGACGAGGGGUGGCCGAGUUUCGUCGAUAUGCAUGCCGAUGUCUUUGGUCCUGAAGAAGUUGCAGCACUGAAGCACAUGAAGCCCGGAACACCCAUACCCGAGCGGGAUCGCGCAUUGCGCUACUUCUACGCGCUUUGGUGUUUGAGGGAAGCCUACGUCAAGAUGACAGGAGAUGCCCUUCUAGCGAGUUGGUUAAAAGACAUUGAGAUGCGAGACUUUGCCCCGCCUGAAAAUAUGCGAAAAGUCCAGGAGGUUUGGCUUAAAGGGAAGAGGGUUGACGGAGUGGACCUGAAACUCAUGUCGUUUUUAGGGGAAUACAUGAUAUCGACUGCCGUGAGGCAUGGGCUCAACGGAGAGACUGUCGAGUUGAAAGACUUUCAAACUCUCGACCUAGAGGAAGUAUUAGAAUUUGGGGAGAAUUUGGCCAGUUCAUAA